GCACAUUUAUCUCCGUAAUGUCCAGUGAAGAAGCCAAGCAAGUUAACGAGCCUUCAAUCAAGGAAACCGCCGCCCCAGCCGAAGAGGUCAUUUUGGGCGAGGACGGCCAACCUUUGUCGAAAAAGGCCUUGAAGAAGUUGGAGAAGGAGAAGGAGAAGGCACGCAAAAAGGCCGAAAGAGAGGCACAGUUGGCCAAGGAAAAGGCCGAGAAAGAAGCACAGGCCGCUAACGAUCCUGCCAAGGCCAACUACGGCAAGUUGCCCUUGAUCAACUCGUCGAGCAAAGACGGGCUUGUGAGAACCAACCUCUCAUCCUUGUCUGCCGCCAACGACGGCGAGGAGAUUGUGUUCAGAGCCAGAGCACACAACUCCAGACAGCAGGGAGCCACCAUGGCGUUUUUGACUUUCAGACAGCAACAACACUUGGUCCAGGGCCUCAUCAAGGCCAAUGGCGAGUCGAUCUCCAAGCAAAUGGUCAAGUGGGCCGGCUCCAUCAACUUGGAGUCGAUUGUGUUGGUGCAUGGAGUGGUGAGAAAGGUUGAUGAGCCCAUCAAGUCUGCCACCGUGCAAGACGCCGAGAUACACGUGACCAAGAUCUACACCAUCCAGGAGACCCCUGAGCAGUUGCCCAUGUUGAUCGAGGACGCCUCCAGAUCCGACGCCGAAGCCGAGGCCGCUGGCUUGCCUGUGGUCAACUUGGACACCAGAUUGGACGCCCGUGUCAUUGACUUGAGAACCCCCACCAACCAGGCCAUCUUCAGAAUCCAGCACGGUAUUUCCGCGUUGUUCAGAGAGUUCUUGUCGAACAAGAAAUUCACCGAGAUCCACACCCCGAAGAUUCUCGGCGCUGCCUCCGAAGGUGGCUCCAACGUCUUCGAGAUCUCGUACUUUAAGAGAUCUGCGUUCUUGGCGCAGUCCCCACAGUUCUACAAGCAGCAAUUGAUUGCGGCCGACUUCGAGAAGGUGUUUGAGAUUGCCCCCGUGUUCAGAGCCGAAAACUCCAACACACACCGUCACAUGACCGAGUUCGUGGGUUUGGACUUGGAAAUGGCCUUCGAGGAGCACUACGACGAGGUCAUGGAAGUCUUGCAGGACUUGUUCAUCUUCAUUUUCUCCGAGUUGAAGACGAGAUACGCUGACGAAAUCAACACUGUCAGAAAGCAGUUCCCCGUCGAGGAGUUCAAGUUGCCCGCCGACGGCAAGAUGGUCAGAUUGCAUUUCAAGGAAGGUAUCGCCAUGUUGAGAGAGGCCGGCAAGGAUGUCGAUGACUUCGAGGACUUGUCCACCGAGAAUGAGAAGAUCUUGGGUAAGUUGGUCAGAGACAAGUACGACACUGACUUCUACAUCUUGGACAAGUUCCCAUUGGCCAUCAGACCUUUCUACACCAUGCCAUGCCCCGAGGACCCAAGAUACUCCAACUCUUACGACUUCUUCAUGAGAGGCGAGGAGAUUUUGUCGGGAGCUCAGCGUAUCCACGACCCCGAGUUGUUGAAGGAGAGAAUGGCUGCUCAUGGUGUCGACCACACGCAGGAAGGUAUCAACGACUACGUCGACGCUUUCACCUACGGCUGUGCCCCACAUGCCGGUGGUGGUAUUGGUUUGGAGAGAGUGUUGAUGUUCUACUUGGACUUGAAGAACAUCCGUCGUGCCUCGCUAUUCCCAAGAGACCCCAGAAGAUUGAGACCAUAGGUUUGACGCAGUAUAUAGUCAAUGUUGUACGAAGGCUGUAUGCUACAGGUAGACUAAAUGUUGUGCGGAGACGCAAUCCUCGAUUUUGCAAGAAUUCAGGUACGGACCCAAUGUUAUACCGAUGCUUAAUGUGGCUCUUUUUUGCUAGAAUCAUCUGAUAGAAGGAGCAAAGCUAUGCAAAUAAUAUAUAUAAAAGGCCUUCAGACAGUGCCAAGACUCAAUUCCAAAGACAAUCACGAAGAC